AUGGGUCUCGCCGAGCACACAAGCAGGAUUGUCUCCGAGUUCGACUUUUCGGACGAGGAGCUCAAUCGCCACGUACAGGAAUUCCUGAAACAGACCGAUUCGGGACUGAGAGAAGAUGGAACCAGUCUCAGCCAGAUUCCGUCCUAUGUGACUGCCGUGCCGGAUGGCACUGAGAAGGGUGUCUAUCUAGCCGUAGACUUGGGCGGCACAAACUUUCGCGUUUGCUCCGUUUCUCUCAACGGCGACAGCACUUUCAACUUGACCUACACCAAGGUUGCCAUUCCCAAGAAUCUCAUGGUCGCAAAGACUGCGAGAGAUCUUUUCGGCUUCUUGGCCAAGCAGAUUGAACUCUUCCUCCGAGAGCACCACAAAGAGCACUUUGAGGGCGCGACGUCUCGUCGUAACACCAGUAGCUUCCCAGAGGGCUACCACGAUGAGCAGAUCUUUCGCCUGGGCUUCACAUUCAGCUUUCCAGUCCAGCAGCUUGGCAUUAACAAGGGCAAGCUGAUCCGAUGGACCAAGGGCUUUGAUAUUCCGGAUGCUAUCGGCCAGGAUGUCUGCAAGCUGCUUCAAGACGAGAUCGACCGACUUGGUCUUCCGGUCAAGGUAGCUGCCUUGGUCAACGAUACUGUGGGAACACUCAUGGCUCGUUCAUACACUUCUGCUGGAAAGCACCGCUCUAUCCUCGGUGCCAUCUUUGGCACAGGAACUAACGGCGCCUACAUCGAGAAGACAUCAAAUAUCAAGAAGCCAAUCCAGGGCGAAUACAAUACGUCAACUGGCGAAAUGGUUAUCAACACCGAGUGGGGCUCUUUUGACAACCAGCUCAACGUCCUCCCCUCAACGGCUUGGGACGCUGCGCUGGAUAGAGACAGUGUUAACCCGGGCAUUCAGAUGUACGAGAAGCGAGUCUCGGGCAUGUUCCUGGGUGAGAUUGUACGAUUGGCGAUUGCAGACAUGAUCCAGGACGAAGACACAUCCUUAUUCCGCGACACAAACUCCAGUUACAAUGACUGGUCAACUACCACAAACAUCAGCCCCAAAUCUGGGCUCUUGUCCCAAUGGGGUCUGGAUACCGCCAUCUUGUCCGUAGCUGCGGCCGAUAACACUCCUGAGCUAUCAACUAUCCGACAAGAGCUGGAGAACACACUGCUGGUUUACACUCCCGCUUUGGAAGAUGCGCAAGCAUUCAAGGCCGUUGCGGGCGCUGUUGUUCGCAGAGCGGCCAGACUAUCGGCUGUCGCAAUUGGUGCCAUUGUUCUCCAAUCAGGAAAGCUCGAGGACCCCGCCGAAGAGAUUAUCGACAUUGGUGUGGACGGCAGUCUGGUUGAGCACUACCCAUUCUUCCGAGAUAUGAUCUAUGAAGCUCUGCGUGCCAUCGAUGGCAUUGGCCCUAGCGGCGCGGAUAAGAUUCGCAUCGGUAUUGCCAAGGACGGCAGCGGAGUUGGCGCAGCUUUGAUUGCCUUGGUUGCGCAGAAGAUGGAGAAGCCUGGUGAUUUCCUUGCUGACCUGCGACGGGACAUUAAGCGGAGACUGUCUCAGCCAUUUGAUUUACCUGGUAUGUUAUUUCACCCUUGA